CAUUUGCAGACGUAGUGCAGCGGGGCGAGGAAGCACCUGCUUCCAAAGAGGAGGAGGAGGAGGAGAAGGAGGAGGAGAAGGAGGAGGAGAGAAGGCUCUCAUGAGAAGCUCCGCUUGUUGGCACUGACACUUGCGCGCAAGCGUGGGUUGCACAGAGCGCGAGCUCCCAAAAAGCCGCGGAUGGAUCGUUGCGUGGUAAAAUUUCAAGGAUGGUCUUUGAACGCUUCUCUCACGACUUGUCAUUGAGGAACCAAGAUUUCAUGUAGACGACUGAAUUGCACACAAGUUGGAUUGGAGGAGUCUGCGCUUCGAGUGAGGUGCGCGCAACAAGAGGAUGCCAGCCAGGCGUGGCCAAUGUGAGGAGAAUAAGUGGGGAGGAUGUAUAUAAUAGAGUCUUUCCCUUCUCAUUAGCGUACAUAUCAAAACGGAUGACGAGAGGACUUCGUUCAGCCUGUAUGGCUCGGACAUUUUCACCACUUUAAAUGCCUUCGCUUAGUUUAAACCUGACGGCCGUGCACACCAUGGCCGAGGUGGGGACUUUGUUCGGAGCGCUGGACUUGGAUUUACAAAGUUUUCCUGCCUUUGGGAACGCGCCCCUGCAGCCGGAAUCUCCGUUGGGCUUGAACGAGCGCCUGGGCCAGAUCGAAGGGGGCCUUCAGGGGGGGUCGCCCACCGACUUUGGACACCUCAAAGGCAUCCUGAGGCGGCGGCAGCUCUACUGCAGGACCGGCUUCCAGCUGGAGAUAUUCCCUAAUGGGACGGUGCACGGGACCAGGCAGGACCAUAGCAGGUUUGGUAUCCUGGAGUUCAUCAGUCUGGCAGUCGGUCUGGUCAGCAUCAGGGGCGUGGACGCCGGACUCUACCUCGGCAUGAACGAGAAAGGAGAGCUCUAUGGGUCGAGGAAGCUGACGGGGGAGUGCGUGUUCAGGGAGCAGUUUGAGGAGAACUGGUACAACACGUACGCGUCAACGCUGUACAAGCACAACGACACGGCACGCUUCUACUACGUGGCCUUGAACAAAGACGGCUCGCCCAGGGAGGGCAGCAGGACUAAAAAGCACCAGAAACUGACACACUUCCUACCGCGGCCUGUGGAGAUUGAAAAAAUCCCUCAGGCCUAUCGGGACCUCUUCCAAUACAGGUGACCCCAGCUUGGAAGGCGCGAUCCCUCCCGCAAGAAGACAUGACCACAAGGGGGUUGUUUGCUACAAAACUGUUUACCCUCCUCCGAGGUCAGCGCCUCGCUACCAAGAGCACUGAUAUAAACAUCCAUGCGUGUUCCUGGAUGUUGCUUCAUUGCAUCUGCAGCCCAGCAAAGUGGCGAGAGAAGACGCUCCAAUCAGGCGCUAGAACCACUUUUCCUAGAGAUCAAUUAGCACUACGUUGGCGCAGAACCAACGGACUGUUACCUUACCACGUGAUGGAGAAGAAAGCACUAGAGCUAACGGAAGAGGAGGCGCGUUCCCACAUGGACUCAGAGAGCCAAAGGACAGGAAGAAGGCUCAAGUGUACAGUACACACCCGUGACGUGUUCCGAGGGGUCACGGCCAGAAGCGAGAAGAGAAUGUCCCGCGUCGGACAGAAAACGUGGCGAAUGCGGUCUUCAUCUGAGAGCACUUACAACCCAGAUGGAGGAUAGCAUGGACUGCCCCUUGAGCAUUUAUUCCGUAGCAGUACGGUAGCAUGCCAUUGGCAAAAAGUGGAGUUUGAUAAGUGGCACUAAGACAUUGUACUGGCGCGCCAAAUUAUUUUACUAGUGAGGACAAGGCGCUUACUUAGUACAUAUAUUAAGAUGGAUAUCGAGAACAUGGAAUAAAUGCUCAAUGGCCUUUGAAUGAUCAAUGCUGGCCGGAAGAACAAGUGAUUGAUGUGUGAUGUUCAGCGUGUCAGGAACAUGAUUAAAAAAGGCAAGCAGAUGAGGGGGACAUAUGGGCGAUCCUAUUUAUGAGAUGUACAAUAUAUUUAUUUUCGACAUAUAAAGUAUAAAUAUAAAUAUUUAUUUAUUGCAAAGACUUUAUUUUGUAAUGAACUUGAAAUUAUCUGGACCUUAGAUUCUACUGAAAUUACGACCAAUAAAGCAUUUUUAGGGAAAAAAAAAAAUGUGCGCAGUUAACAUGACAAUAAAAUUGUUCAGCUGCAUGACAUUUGCUAGUGAGACUAUUUGUGCCUGGAUUCAAAUUUGAUGUACCAAUUAAAAACAUGUAGAACGUA